UGAGUCGUAUAAAUGCUUUGACUGUUACGAACUAAGUAUUCAGUCGAGGUUCAGCUCUCAAGAAGAUUAGAUCUGCGAGGAAUUUUGUCGAGGCGUCUGAAUACGAGACUGAGAAGAUGGCGAAAAUAUUGCUGUGCGUCUUUGUAGCGUUGCUAACCGUCUCUCUUAUCAUGGGUGCUACCGAUAAGCCUGCUAACUGCGGUCGACACGGUGACCCUUGCAUCUAUGACUUGCAAUGCUGCGCCAAUAUAAAAUGUAACCGUUAUGCAAACAGAUGUCAGGUACAAAUUACUGCGGAGGAAUUGAUGGCACAACGUAAAAAGAUUUUGGGCAGAGACGGCCCAGAUUAUUAAAAAUGGAUAAGUUUUCUGUAUAAUCGCGGCAGAUUAUAAUGGACGAUGAUCUUAUUAAUUUACUAUGAGUCAGAUCUGAAGAUUGUACUUCGAGGAAUUAAAUAUUAAUAUACAAUACUGAAUUUCUGUAAUACCCAGAAAAUCAAUAUAAUAUAUAUUUGUAUAGUAUAAUCUUGUAGAUAUAAGCAAUAUGUAUUGACGGAAAGUGAGAAUAAAAACGUAAACUGACA